GCAUGCCGGGAUAGGGCCUGGCGUUGGGAGGACUACACGGGCAUGCCGGGAUAGGGCCUGGCGCUCGGAGGAUUUUGAAUCCUGACCACUUGCCAGGGCAGGAGCUGAAGGUGAAAGAAAAAUAGAGACAGAAGGAAGGAGGGGAGAGGUGUGAACAUGUCGGCUUUACGAUUGAUCCAGAAAUCUGCAGCCAGUGGAAGGGUGCUAUUCCCAGGAUCUUACCGCCAGAUCAGCACAGCUUGUCCUUUGAGAUGUUAUAAGUAUGUGAAUUUGAAAGACGAGCCCUCUGAUAUGCGGGCUAUGACUGACAGUGCUGCGCAAACUCUAUUCUGGACAGAAUUAUUUCGAGGGCUCGCAAUGACCUUGAGCUAUUUGUUUCGGGAGCCGGCAACCAUUAACUACCCAUUUGAGAAGGGGCCUCUGAGCCCUCGGUUUCGAGGUGAGCAUGCACUGCGAAGAUAUCCUUCUGGCGAGGAACGCUGCAUUGCUUGUAAACUGUGUGAGGCUAUCUGUCCUGCUCAGGCCAUUACAAUUGAGGCAGAGCCAAGGGCUGAUGGGAGUCGGCGCACAACGCGGUAUGAUAUUGACAUGACAAAGUGCAUUUACUGUGGUUUCUGUCAGGAGGCUUGUCCAGUUGAUGCAAUUGUGGAGGGUCCUAACUUUGAAUUCUCUACUGAGACACAUGAGGAAUUGCUGUAUAAUAAGGAGAAACUACUGAACAAUGGGGACAAGUGGGAAGCAGAGAUCGGAGCUAAUAUCCAGGCGGAUUACCUGUAUCGCUGAUUGUGCAGCAGGCUGACUGUAGCACCAACAUCUCCCUUGGUGUGUGUGAAUAAAUGUGACUUUUCAAACUAA